AUGGCUAAUAAACUGAUUUGCAAACUUACUUCCUCCUCAGUAAGCGAACAAAACCAUGAAAAAAAUUCCUAUUUAUUCUAAAAACCCACCCUCUGUGAACAAACAAAAAUUUUUAUGAAAAAAAAAUUGCUAUGUGGAGUGAUAAUUGAAAUCUCUAGCAAAUUCUGAUUAAUUUCAAACAUCUUGCAUUUUAAAUAUAAAUUUCGCUAUAUUAAAUUAAUUAUUGCUUCACAAUUUUUGUGAAUUGGGAAUAUGCAUUUUUGAAAAAAAAUUAACUCCCUCCAUAAGCGAACAAAAUUUUUUGAUUCGCUCACGGAGGGGGGACUUAGCAGUUUGGACGGAAGCCUUCCGCCGACUGCUUCACCAAGUUUUAUUUAUCGACUACCUCCUAAUGCCACAGUUACUUUUCAAAUUGAAGCAGGAUCUCCAAUUCUGACUGAAAAUCUCCACUUUUGUGUAAGCAUAUGAAACGGAAUAACCCAAGCGCCAAAGCAAUAUAAAGGGUGCCUGAAUUCCUUUGGACACUGAAUUUGUGAGGUAAAUUUCGAUAUCCCCGGCAACUACAAUUUUUGGGUUGAGAAUUUAAAUAAAAAAGAUGACAUUUUAAAAGGGAUAAAAAACUGAAUAGUUGUAGAUCCUGACAUAAAAAUUGGAGGAAGGUCUUUACCGAUCAAUGGGAUUUGCAUGCAAAGUGUUUUACCUAGAUGCUGUGGAGUCUUUGAAAGAUGGUAUGAAGUCUUGACCCAUCAAAAAGAACUGGGCUACAACAUGUUCCAUUUUGCUCCUAUGCAGGAAUUUGGGAGCUCUGGAAGUCAUUAUAGCUUAAAUGACCCGAAUAAGCUUAAUAGUGACAUUUUUAAGGCUUAUGACAAUGAAGAAAAAAAGUUGAAAGCACUAGAAAACUUAUUAAAUAGGUUGGAUCGCGAAGGUGUAGGCAGCAUUAUAGAUAUUGUGCUCAAUCAUCUGUCACCUGGUGCUCCAUUUUUAGAAAGCUGCCCGAAUGCGACCUGAAAUUUAACCACCGCUCCUCAUCUGAAAUCUGCUUUUGAGCUAGACACAGCUUUACAGAACUUUUCUAAAGCCCUUUCUAAAUGCCAAAUAUGAAAAUUUUAUAGUAAAAAUAGGAUUGACAGCCAAAGUGAUGUAAACGUCCUUUUGGGGAUUUUGAGGUCCGAAGUGGUAAAUCCAUUCAAAAUCCAUGAAUUUUUCAUGAUAAACCUAGACAAAGCAAAAAAAGAAUUUUUGACAUGCCAGAACAAUGAAAAAAUUAAUGAUGAAAAAAUGGCAAAAUCGUUGUCAGAAAGAGGGAUUGAAUGGUUUAUUAAAAAAUGUUGCUUGAAACAUCAAGGAGAAGGCAGAUUUCUGACAGAAGUCAUCCCAGAAAUGAUAUGGAGAGCCUGCAAUACUUUAGGCUGGAAUCAUGAAGAAAGCUUACAAAAAGGCCAAAAAGGAAUAGAAAUGGCAAAUCUCUUUCUCAUGAAAAGAUGCGACAGACAUAUUGACGAUAUUAUGAGAAACCUUGACUAUGAAAUUCGACCUAAAAUAGGCCAAACCAUUACAUGGGAUAAUCCAUUAACUAAACCGAAUUUUUCCCAGCUCCCUAAUGGCGAUUUCUGUGUAUUUAACGGCUAUAUAAAUGCAUAUAAAAAGGUCCACAAAGAUUUUGCUGACAGGAGUGGAUGGCAUUUUUUAAGGAGAGACGUCAUCGUCUGAAAUGACUGCAUAAAGCUCCGUUAUGGAUAUAAAAGAGAAGACUGCCCUGAGGUGUGGGAUUUCAUGGAAAAAUACGUCACCACUAUGGCAAGACUUUUUAAAGGCUUUAGACUGGACAAUGCCCAUAGCACCCCUAUUCAUGUUUCUGAAUAUUUAUUGGCUAAAGCCAGAGAAGUGAACCCAAAUUUAUUAGUUACUGCAGAAUUAUUUACUGAAGACAUUAAUACUGAUGCAAAAUAUGUCAAAAAGCUAGGACUAAAUCUAUUGAUCAGGGAAGCUAUACAGUGCCCAGAUCCUGCUGCAAUGGGAAAGUCAAUUUAUCAAUACGGAAAUGGAGAAAUCUCAAGUUAUGGCUGCCUUGAAAAAUCUGAUUUAUAUAACGAAUCUGUAUUAGGGAUUAAUCAAGAGCCUGGCAGUUUGAGAUGGGAAUCAACAUAAAUAAAAUGGCAUUCGGUUCGAGAGAAAUUGGCUCUGCCAAUUUUCUCUCCCUCAUGGAAUUUUAUUUAUGGGGUUGGGUUUUCUCUCGAGAACUUCUGCACAGCAAUAGUCGUUUAACUUUGGGGAUAACCAAAGGCACGACUCCUCAGUGCACUCAAGAUUUCGGAGUUUUACCUCUCAGCACAUCCCCACGGGAGGAUGACCCUUAGGCGGAACACGCGCAGGAGCUGAGUCUGGACGAGCGACGGCAACGCGCCGGGUGAGAUGUGCGGCGAUUUAUCUGGCGACUAGCCUUAUAGAAGGCUUUGGGUGUGGGCUGACCACAUAUUCCAAGAUGGCUUGGUGACGUCACUAGUUGUCGCUUUGACCCUUUUUCAUUAAGGGGUGUGGGCACUAGACACCUUAAAAACUAUGUAACUAAGUAAGUAAGUAAGAGAUGGGAAUCAACCCCAAUCCCAGCCUUAUUUUACGAUUGCACGCAUGAUAAUGAUCCUCCAGCCAAAAAAAGAACUCCACAAGAUUCAUUACCUCAUGCCUUUUUAACUGGAUUUACCAAUUGCGCUGUAUCUUCUACCCGAGGAUACGAUGAAUUCAUCCCUAGAAACCUCUCUGUCGUCAGUGAAAAGCGCAUUUACUCCGCUCCUGUCCAUGGAGCCCAAUCAAUAUCCGAAGUUUCUUUAUUCGAUGAUAUAGAAAACCCUAUCAAAGUGUACGUAGAAUAUGCUGCAGAAAAUAAUUUCAAAGAAGUCGCUAUUAAAGGCGAAUGGGACAACUGGAAUAAAAAAAUCAACCUCAAUCAUAUUGGGGAUAAUAAAUGGGCAGUAAAGCUGCUAUUCCCAAAAAGCUAUGACAGGAAAGAAAUGGCUUAUAAAUAUAUCAUUGAUGGGAGAUGGCUAGCUGAUCAAAGAUUAAGGCUAACAGGGAGAGGCUCAAGGACUAACAAUGUCCUGAAAAUUGAUUCAAGUGUAGAAGUGACACCAGGGAUUUUUGAAAAUAUGUAUACUGCAAGAAAAUAUAUCAAUAAUUUGCAUGAACUUUUGGCAGAACAGGGAUAUGAUGAGAUCUAUGUGCAUCAAUAUUGUGAAGACGUUUUUAUGAUUAUUAGGCAUAAUCCUAUAAAAUUUAAUAGUUAUGUGUUAUUAGCGAGAACUGCUUAUAGGCACAACUGUAAUCAUGUCAAUGUCAAUAAUGUAAGACUCCCUGGAAUUGUGGAAAAAAUCGAAUUCAUAGGGACCCUCCGCAUGAAGCCUAUCAGAUUUGAUGAAAAUAGUCAGUUCAUCAAUGGUUUAAAAGGUGUAUUAGAUGUCUCAACAAAUCUUAGCAGGUUUUGCCAUAUUUUUAGAGAUAAUAAAGAAAAUAUUGAUGUUGUCAACCUCACAGGUAUCCCACAAUCAUUACUCCCCUUCUUGCUUAGGAGUUCAAUUUCUGCUUUAAUGUUUGGUUUUUAAAAAUAAUUAUUUUUUUAAAAUAUAUAUAAAAAUUAAAAAAAAUUUGUGAAAAAUAUAUAUAGUAAUUGCCCGAGGAUGGCGCAAGAUAGCGCCAUUCUUGGGCAAAUGCAAUACUUAAUUAAUAAAUUUUAUUCUGCUUAUAAUUUAAUAUAAUUAGCUGAGGAUCCUACUAUUAAAAUCAUUAAUUACAAAUCGAAUUAUUAUUUGUAAAAAAAAAUUUUAUUAAAAAAUAAUAGCUAACUAAGCUAAUUUUUCUAGUAGUUUUACUCAUAACCACAGUGAGGGAGUCAGUAAUUGUAUUAAAAACUAGCCUUCUUCCAAAUAUAGAAAGUGCAUUAAAUGCCUCGUAUUCUAGGCUUUCUAAUUAUGAAGACUUCAAAAAAAUCUUUGAAAACUUGUCCCUCCAACAAAUAAACCAUAUUCUCUGGCGUUCUAACUGUAAUUAGAUUAUAUUAAAAUUCUAACGGGGUCUUCAGGGAUUAUUUCGGCUCCUCAUCGUCCUACGGAUAGCCUUACGUUGACGCUAAGCUCUAUCCUCAAAUCUGAUCAUUUCAUACUGAUAUACCAAAAAUGGUGACAUUGGAGAUCGCCCUAACAGUCUUCUGGGUCCAUCAAACGACAGAGACUCCCUCAAAAUCGACAGGAUUCGGUGUGCGGUUAAACCGCCAUUGCCUCCUCCAUAGCCCUAUAGCCAUACCAAAGGCUCAGUAAUACCUCCAUGGAAUGCUAAAGGACAUUGAGCCAUUAGUCAAAGUAAAAAAAGGUCAAGGGUCAGCCCUAGAAUAAAAACUCAUCUGAGGAGCUAACACAAUGCGGCUCUUCUCCUCUCGGUCCGUACCAACUCACGGAUCUCCAUAGGUCACAUCAGAUCUCGCCAUUUUAAUAAUUCUGUUCUAACUCUGAAGAAAUUGAAUCUUCUCUGAUAAAAAGGGAGACAUAUAAGCUCUCUCCUACAAAGUCUUUCAAUUAUGCAGGCUUUGGCGGAUUUGUCACUGAAGUCCUCCCCCACACAAUAGGAAACCAUCUAGACCAUGAAAUUUUCUGCAAUCUCCGUAAAGAAAACUGGAUGAUUGACUAUUUCCUUACAAGACUAAAAAAUAACGAUUUGCCUCCUGAAUUUGUUCAGUUUAUUUCUGAUCACUUUGGAAGUAUAAAAGCUUUGCCUCGUGGAAUCGUCCCAAAGCACACUGCAAAGUCAAUAUUCCUCUUAUUCAGAAACUUGAAAUAUUAUUUAUUAAGAGAUUUGUAUAAAGAAAGCGAGCUUUUUAGCGGAGAAGAUAGUUUCGUUGAUAAUCUAGGGACAAGCGUUUCACAGUUUUGGGGACAUAUUCCGAGCUCAGUCAAUCAUAUUUCCAAGUAUACUCUUUCUGCUGGGCUGCCUCAUUUUUCAGUUGGACUGAUGAGAUGUUGGGGAAGAGACUCAAUGAUAGGGCUUAGAGGGCUUUUCUUGUGUACUGGAAGAUAUGAAGAAGCAAAAACCCUCAUAAAAACCUUUGCUUCAGUGUCACAGAAAGGGCUGAUUCCUAACUUGUUAGGAAAUGGCAACAACUGCAGAUACAAUUCAAGAGACUCGGUCUGGUAUUUUUUGCAAGCAGUUCAGGACUAUAUCAAACAAGUCCCAGACGGAGCCUCAAUUUUGCAUGAGCCAAUUAAAAUGAGGUUUAAUGAAAAUGGGGAAAUUAUCCAAGAAAAUGAAAUGGUUUUGCCACUAAGUGAGGUCAUCCAAAAUAUUUUUCAGUCACAUGCAGUUGGCAUUGAGUUCAGAGAAAGAAACGCAGGGAUGGCGCUAGAUCCACAUAUGUCAGCUGAAGGCUUCAACAUAAAAAUAUGGCUGGACAUCAAAACAGGACUCGUUUAUGGAGGAAGCCAAUUUAACUGUGGGACAUGAAUGGACAAAAUGGGUAGCUCAGCCAAAGCAGGAAAUUUAGGCCUUCCCGCAACACCAAGAGAUGGAGCUGCCAUAGAGAUAACUGGCUUAGUCUACUCGAACGUCAAUUUCUUUGGGAAACUCUUCAAUGAAGGCAAAUUCCAACACAAAGGUGUCAAGCUUUCUGAUGGAUCGUUUUUGGCUUAUGAAAAAUGGGCAUCCCGCAUUGAGGAUUCAUUUGAAAAGCUGUACUAUAUCCCAGAAGAAAAAAGCGGACUACCUGCAGAUUAUAUAAAGACUAGAGGCAUUUAUAAAGACACUGUCGGCAGUGUAAAAGAGCUCAGCGAGUAUCAAUUUAGACCUAACCAGUGCUUAGCAAUGGUCUUUGCAAGCAAACUAUUCGAGAAAAGCCAUGCGAUUUCGGCUCUGAAGAAAAUUACUGAAAAUUUGAUGCCUGGCAUUGGGAACGGGCAGUUAGGGAUCAGAACUUUAAGUGAAAAUGACAAAGAAUACAGAGAUUUUUAUGACCUAUCCAAUGAUUCUGACGACAAAUCAAUUGCACAUGGAUUCAGCUUCCACAAUGGGCCAGAAUGGAUUUGGCCAUUUGGAUAUUAUUUGCGGGCACUCAUGGUUUUUCAAGCUGAAAAGCCUGAAUUUAUUAUGAAGUGCUUAGCAGACCAUAGGAAAUACUUAGAAAACUCUCCAUGGAUGUCUAUGCCAGAAUUGACUAACAAAAUGGGAAGACCGAACAAGUUUGCGUGCCCUGCCCAGGCAUGGAGUGUUUCUUCCCUUAUCGAGGCUCUCUUUGAGUAUAAGAAAUUAAUUAAAAAAUAA